CCAUGCCAACCGUGCGCCCCUUUGGACGCCCCGCGCCGGUCCGCGCCGACGUCCACUCCCUUCCCACCUCCGGGGACGUGGGCGAGGCCUCUUCUGACCUCUGGGCCGCGAUCCUUCCCCGCUCCUCGGCCACCGAGAAGCCGGCCCGCCUCGCCGUCGCCGUCGAGUGGGCGCCGGAGCACCGCCUCCCGCCCAGCGCUCGCGCCGCCGCCCAGCGCAAACUCGUCCUAUGGGUCACCCCGGCUGCCGCAGAGCCAAGCGAUAAGGUCUCCGCCCGGCCCCGCCUCUACGUUCCCGAGCAUUUGCUGCCGAGCUACGUCUCGACUCCCGCAGAAGUGAUGGUGCACGCGCACGAGCCAGUUUCGCUCACCCUCGCGGUCGUGCAGCCGACUGGACCCGCCGGGGAGCUUGAAGCGUCAGAUCUCGAGCAGCUGUAUCCUGACGCAGUGAGCGAGCCCGAUGGUCCGCCUGUGUACGGCUACGACAUCAACGGCUCGGUGCACUGGGCCGACGAGGAGACCCGUGCAGGCACGCUUCUGCGAGAAGGUGGCGUGAUCUCUCUGGGGAGUGGGCGUGGCUUCCGCGUACUCAUGGCCGAGCCUGUGCAGCAGGGUCUGGUAACCCCCGACACGCGCGUGGUCGUUGCUCACAAGCCGAGCGACGCGUUUGGGGAUGUGGACGACGACCGUUCCGCCGCGGGGUCGCUUGCGCCUACACAUCGUUCCUUGGUGGAGGAGUUUGACGCCGACGCCUUCCUCGCCUCAUCGCUUGCGCGUUCGCUCGCCAGCUUGACUGACGACGAGCCGCCUGCACAGCACGAUCUGGACGCCUCGUCUGCGUCGAGCCUCACCAAUUCCGGCUCCAUGACACCACGCCCUGGGCUUAUGGGCCUCCGCUCCCCCUCCCCAGUCGCCGCGCCGGACGAUGUGCUCCAGCUCGAGUCGCCCAUUGACGAAGGAAUGCGCUUUGUGCUUGUUCCGGCCGCUGGUCGAGGCCCCCAGACGGACGAGGACGACGGGGAUGUGUGCUACGCAGGCGUGUGGGCGCUGGGUCGCGCUGGCGUGUUCGAAGGCGACUGGGUCUGCCUCCGUGCCGUGCAGGAUGGCACCCCGGGGCGGACGCGCAUCGCUCGUGUCGUUGCCUGGGAGCGACUUGACGAGGAGACAAGCGAUCUUCCACCCAACGCACUCAUCGUCCCGCCAGGCAUGCGCCGCGCACUCUUCCCCCUGCCCGGGCCGUACUGCGAAGUCGUGGUCCAGCCAACUCCGUUUGGGGCGCGCCGCCCAUCUCUUCCGGUCGCGAAAAGCAUGACACUUGCGCGUGUGGCGACUGCCGAGGGCGUUGACAAACGCUACGAGCGUGCGUGGUUGCGCGGUCUGCGUAACUACUUCGCCCGCGGCGGUGACGACCCAGACACGCACCAGCGCUUGAUCCGCCGAGGAGACCUCAUCUCGGUCCCGGUGCGGCUGGGCGAGCCGCUCGCGGAGGGCGAGGAUCCCACGGAAGAGGACGAGGACGAGGACGAGGAGGGCGAGAAGGACACAGCCCUCGCUUACUUUGUCGUCACAGCUCUCGCUUUCGAGCCACUGAUGCCUCUGGAAGACGACUUCAGUUCGACCAUUGCGUCCAAGGCACGGGCGGGUGAACUGGGCUGCUGGGUCGACGCCGGCCUGGGCGGCGAGACCGCCCUUCUGCUCUCUGGUGUUGAGCGCAGCCGUGUGGCCGGGCGAGCGGGCGACCUCGUGUGGCAUGGCAUGCCGGCGGCUCCGCCACCUUACCACGUCCCGACAGCGGGCACGCUCCGCGAUCUCGCCAAGAGUGCGUUCUCGCCGUUGGCGCUCGCGCGCCUCUUCCCCCUUAGCGUGCUCGUCAAGGGCUCCCGAGGCGCAGGCAAGCGCUCGUUUGUUCACGCCGCGGCCGACGAGCUGGGCUUCAGCGUUGUCGAGGUGCCAUGCUACGACAUCAUCGGAGAUACGCCACAGACCACCGAGGGCACCUUGCGGGCGCGCUUCGACAAGGCGCGCCAGUGCGCGCCUUCCAUUCUCCUUCUCACGCACCUCGAGGCGUUUGCCCCACAGUCGAGUGGGAGCGCGCCGCCCCGCCCACCUCCUGUUGUGAAGGUUGUGGAGGACUUGCUGGAGGCAGCGCGCAAGGCCGGCGCGGAGACGAACCAGCCGGUGGCUAUCUUUGGAACCACGAGCAACAUCGAGGCUGUCCCACGAGACAUGCAGGCUGUGUUCAAGCACGAGCUUGCGCUUCCUGCUCCGUCGAGUGGUGAGCGCGAGGCGAUCCUCACCACCUGUGUGGCGGACACCCCGCUGGCGCCGGACGUCGUGUUAAGCCACGUUGCGGCUCAGGCUGCUGCGCUGACGGCCGGCGAUCUUGCCUCGCUCAUCGAGCGUGCACGCGAUAUGGCGCUUGCACGAGCCUGCGCUGCAGCGCCUACCGCCACUGACGCGCUUCUGGCCGGCGUCGCUCUCACGGCCGCCGACCUCACAACAGCACUGAGCGACGCGCGCGCCAGCUACGCCGACUCGAUCGGUGCCCCUCGCAUCCCCAACGUCUCAUGGGACGACGUCGGAGGCCUGGCGGCCGUCAAGAACGACAUUCUCGACACGGUGCAGCUCCCGCUCGAACACCCCGAGCUUUUCGGGGAGGGCAUGAAGAAGCGCUCCGGUAUCCUUCUGUACGGCCCUCCAGGUACAGGCAAGACGCUGCUGGCCAAGGCUGUCGCGACGUCGUGCGCGGCAAACUUCUUGUCGGUCAAGGGUCCCGAGCUGCUGAACAUGUACAUCGGCGAGUCCGAGGCCAACGUGCGGCGCGUGUUCGAAAAGGCUCGCGACGCCUCGCCCUGUGUCAUUUUCAUGGAUGAGCUCGACAGUGUUGCGCCCAAGCGUGGUAACCAGGGCGACUCGGGCGGUGUCAUGGACCGUAUCGUGUCCCAGCUCCUCGCCGAGCUUGAUGGCAUGUCUGGCGGUCGCGGACAGGUGGUGGUCAUGGCGGCUACUAACCGUCCCGACCUGCUCGACCCCGCGCUGCUCCGUCCCGGCCGCUUUGACCGCAUGCUGUACCUCUCCGUGCCCGAGACGCACCCUGCGCAGAGAGACGUUCUUGCAGCUCUCACGCGCAAGUUUACCCUCGACCCGGCGCUGUCGCUUGACGACCUCGCCGAGCGCCUGCCGUUCACAUACACCGGUGCCGACCUGUAUGCGCUGUGUGCCGACGCUAUGCUGCGCUCGAUGACGCGCGUCGCGGAAGAGGUCGACAAGCGGGUCGAGGAGCUCGACGCGGCCCCGCUGCCGCGCGCAUACCCCAAGCCCCUGACGGCGCAGUACUACCUCGCGUCUAUGGCGACGAGCGCCGAGACUGAUGUCGUCGUCAACGAGAGCGACUUCCUGCAUGCCCUGGAACGGCUGACGCCCUCGGUGUCCGCGGACGAGAUGGCGCACUACCGCCGCGUGCAGGACGAGUUCAAGGGUUUCAACAUCGGCGGCGACAAGUAG